GUCAGGCGGCCGGAGGAGAGACCUGAGGAGGAGGAGGAGGAGAUUGAGAACCCCUACCUGAGCCCUGAGGAGCGGGCACGAGCCGGGACCCUGCGUGGGGUGCCCGGGGACGGCGUGGCUGGCAAUGGUUGGGCAGAGCAGGGCUCACUCCUGGGGACCCUGAGGCAGGUGGGCGCAGAUGAAAAAGCCAAACUGGUGUCUGGGGGCUCAGCUGAGCAGAGUGUGCCCUUCCGAGGGAAUGUCCUCAAGGGCAUGGCACUGCUCUCCCACUUCAUGGAGCACCGAGCAGCUGGGGCCGAUGAGGGCAAGCCCUAUUCACGCCUGGACAACAGUGUGCUCUACAGUCGCUUCGUGUCCCCUGGCACUGCCCUGCUCGAGCUGCCCAACGGUGACAGGGGCACAGGCUCACCCACCCCCAGGGACCACAAUGGGCUGGGACCUGGUGGCCACCCCAGCCCUGAGAUGGCCAUGCGGGAAGCUCUGAGUGCUGGAUCUGUCACUGAAGAGCCAGAGAGCUUCGUGGCCCUGUGCCCCGACGAUGUCCUGGUGAGUGAAUCCCACAACUCCAGACGAGAGGCUGCAGCUUCCUUGGGCUGCAGGGAGAUGUCUGGUGCAGCCAAUGUCCCUCCACGCUCUUCACACCCCCAUCCUCUCCGCUCUUCACAGCAGCAGGACAAGGAGGGCUUUGAGAAGAUCAACACGAGACCUGGCAAGAUCAUCCUCUACUCCGACGCCGGCUUCGCAGGCCAGAAACGGGAGAUCUGGGGUGAUAUCCCUGAUGCCACAUCCUGGGAGCUCUCACACACCAUCUCCAUUCGGGUCAUCCGAGGAGGGUGGGUGAUGUAUGAGAAGCCAAGGUUUCACGGGCGCAAGUGUGUGCUGGCCGAGGGGGACGUGGAGAUCAACAAUCCCUGGAUGGUCAUCGGCUCCUUCAAGAGGGUGGUGAGGGAUUAUCGCAUCCCCGAGAUCAGCCUGUUCACCGAGGAGAACGGCGAAGGAACACGGCUGAAGUUCACCAACUCGGCCGAGGACACCCGCACACAGGGACAGGCACUUUCUGCUGCCUCCAUCAUCGUCCACUCAGGCCUGUGGCUGGUUUACUCCAAGCCUUUCUUUGAUGAUGAUCCCUAUGUUCUGGAGCCAGGCGGGUACCCCAGUUUAAAGGCUUGGGGAGCAAAGGACCCAUCCAUCUGCUCCAUGCACCCCAUCAGGCUGGGCUGCCCCAUUGUGGAGAGACCUGGUGAGCCACAGGUGCUGAUCUACGAGGCCACAGGGUUCCAGGGCCACAGCUUCAGCAUCAGCAGAGACAUCUACGACCUGAAGCGCCUGCCCGAGCCAGCACUGGCCACCGUGGGCUCCCUGCGUGUCCUGGGUGGCUGCUGGGUUGGUUACGAGAAGGAAGGUUUCCGUGGCCACCAGUACCUGCUGGAGGAAGGAGAGUACCAGGACUGGAGGCAGUGGGGCGGCUACAGCAAGGAGCUGGUGUCCCUACGGCUGAUACGGACGGUGAGGGCAGGGAUGGUGGCAUUGCUUGGGAAUGGACCCAGUGUGGGCAGAGAGAGGUGGGUGGCCUAUGAGGGUACCAACUACUCGGGUGAGCAGUACAUCCUGGAGAAGGGGGUGUACCGCAGCUGUGAGGAUUGGGGUGCCACAGAUUGCCACAUCGCCUCGGUGCAGCCCAUCCUGCAGAUCAGGGAACACAACCUCCAUUUCGUCUCCAAGAUCCUGCUCUUCUCAGAGCCUGACUUCUUGGGGGAUCAUGUUGCCUUCGAGGAGGACCAGGAGGCCCUGCCUGAUACCUUUGUCCCACGCUCCUGCAGAGUCCGUGGGGGCAGCUGGAUCCUGUUCGAUGGUCAGGACUUCACGGGGGACCAGCAUGUGCUGUCUGAGGGGGAGUACCCCACUCUCAGUGCCAUGGGCUGUCUCUGCUCCACUGCCAUCUGCUCCUUGAAGAAGGUCCCACUGUUUUUCUCGGAGCCCUCCAUCUUCCUGCAUGGGCUGGAGUGUUUUGAGGGGAAGGAAAUCGAGCUGAACUCGGAAGUGCGGAGUCUGCAGGCAGAGGGUUUCAACAACCACGUGCUGUCGGUGCGGGUCAAAGGAGGGAUCUGGGUGCUGUGUGAGCACGGUGAUUUCCGAGGGCGGCAGUGGCUGCUGGACUGCAUUGAGAUCACCAACUGGCUGACCUACAGUGGGCUCCAGCAUGUGGGGUCCCUCUACCCCAUCCGCCAGAGACGGAUCUAUUUCCGCAUCAGGAGCAAAGAGCUGGAGCUCUACCUCUCGGUCCCUGACGAUGUGGAGGACAUGAAGGCAGGGAGGGUGGUGGUCUCCAGCCUGAGUGAGCAGAGCAGCUCUGUCUGGUACUACGAGGAUGGGCUGAUCAAAAACCAGGUGGCCCCCACCAUGAGCCUGCAGGUCAUCGGGCCAGCUGGGAAGGGUGCAAAGGCUGUGCUGUGGUCUGAGACCAGGAUGCCACGUCAGACCUGGCGCAUCGAUUCCCAGGGACGGAUCCACUGCCAGAUGUUUGAGGACAUGAUCCUUGAUAUAAAAGGUGGACGAACCUAUGACCGGGACCAUGCCAUCGUCUGGGACAUGGCUGAGCAGAGACCCACACAGAUCUGGGACAUACAG